UUUAAAUAACCAUAUAAACAACUUCCUGUUUUUAUAUUUGGCCAGUUCAAAACUUCGGCGGUGAAUAUUUUAAGAAUACUGGAAUCAGGCAAGCUGCUGGAGAUCAUAGCGUUACAAGAAACAUGGCAACAAAGCGACCUCGUAGCUCAACGGAGUCCUUGGGAUCUCCCAACUCUGCAAAACAGCUCAAAAUAGAAGAGCCAUCUAGGCCGGGCAGGGUCCGUAAAAAGCCAGCCAAGUUUGAGGAUGAUGACUCAACCUCAGAUGAUGGCCAGUCUGUCCCCACAAUGACCAGCCUGACCCUGCCCACACCGACCAUGGGGAGUUCCAGUAUGGCGCAGAUAAGUGACUCGUCUCCAGACACAAGUAUGGACCUCAGAGAUGAGUCAGAUGGUCAGCAAGUGACGCCUGCCAGAGCAUCACGGGCAAGGAAGAAAUCAGCCAAGGUGAUAGAGAUGGAAGAAUUUGAAGAAGCAGAGAAAAAGCAGACAGUGAAGAAGGAGACAGUGAAGAAAGGGAAGGAUGUGCAGGGCGUAGGGGUGGUGAGCCCAGUAGCAGUACAGGUGACAGGCCAGUCUCACGCUGUGCCAAUCACAGCAGCGCCAGUGCUGAAAAUCAAAGGACUGAGCACCUCACCUUUGGCUCAUAACCGACCUGCUGCUGAGUCUGUGAUUCACAACAUGCUGUCUCCAAAACAGAAACUUUUGUCCGUGGAGGAUUCCGCAGUCAAACAUACGGAGAACAAAGAGAGCGUUAUCAAGUUACUGCUGAGUUCUCCAACUCAGUCCACGAGUUCGGCCAAGUCUGCGCUUUCUCAACAAGUUGUCAGCAUGGAAUCGGAGCAAAGCCAAGGCAAGCGUAAGGGCAAAUUGAAAUCCACAGAGGCUGGUGGUAGCAAAACUAUUAAAAUUGAUCCUGGAGUUGUGAAAUUCAGGCCUGGAGAGAUGAUCACGGUCCAUAAUCCCAACUUGGAUGAUAGUUUUAUCGGCUCUCAGAAACCUGAGCAAGAUAUGAAAGAGCUGGUUCCUAAAAAAGUUAAAAAGAAAGUCACAGUGAAGGAUGAAUCGCCCCUCAUGCCCCCGCCUGCCCCGUCACCUGACGUGAUCCACCUGAGCUCUAUGGACAUGGAUGUCCAUGUGAAACCGAGCCUCACAGCCUCGGGUAAGAAGGGCAAGAAGGGUGGAGGCAAGAUGAAAGCUGAGCCUGCAAGACUGGGUAUCAGCGAUGAAGUGAUGCACGAAGAAGACUUUGAGUUGAGUAUGUCAGAGAUAGAGCUAGGAGAUGAAGGGGAUAGCAACUUUAUGGACAUGGAGGAGGAGGAUGAUGAUGAGGAGGAGGAGGAAGAGGAUCUCAUUGUGUCAGAUGAUGAAUAUGAACCUGAGGUUAAGAGGUCCAAAGGUGGUAAAAAGAAGGCAUUGAAACCUGGAGAGGCGAAGGGAAACAGUGAACAGUUUGGAGAUUCGGAGCUUGUGAUGGAUUUAGGAAGAGGAAAAGGAGAAAAGAAGAAGGACAAGAAGGCAGAUGAUGCAGCUAACAAAAAGAAGCGCACACCGUCUGCAUACAUGAUGUGGUGCAGUGCAAACAGGUCGCGGCUUAUUGUGGAUAACCCAGGAAUAGAUUUUGCAACAGUCAGCAAAACACUUGGUGAGAUGUGGUCAAAUAUGUCAGAGAAAGACAAAAUGGUCUGGAAAAGCAAGGCAAAGAAGCUGGUUGGAAAGGGAUCCACCCUGAUCACCACUGGAAAGUCUGGGGUGGGGAAAGCUGCGGCCGCUAGAGAGACAGUCAGUCAGAGGUCCAAUCCCGCGCUGACCCACGCACUGCUGACCGGCAAACAGGUCAGGUCCCCGCCGGCUGAUGACAUCAAUACUCCCAUCAAGGGUUUUGGUAUGGAGCCCAUAGAUGUGGCAGCCCACCUGAAGAUUGUUGGAGAGUCGCUGAGUAUCAUAGGCACCAAGCUGCAAGAACACAGGGGCCUGAUAGCGGUGCAGGGCAGUCUGUCAGUGCUGCUGGACUCCAUGCUGUGUGCCAUGGCCCCGCUCAUGUGCCUCACAGCGGUCCUGCCUGAGACAGACGGGCUGCCGGCAGCCACACACCUCAAUACACUGGACAAUGUGGCAUACAUCAUGCCUGGACUGUAGACAAUGUCGCAUACAUCAUGCCUGGACUGUAGACAAUGUGGCGUACAUCAUGCCUGGACUGUAGACAAUGUGGCAUACAUCAUGCCUGGACUGUAGACAAUGUGGCAUACAUCAUGCCUGGACUGUAGACAAUGUGGCAUACAUCAUGCCUGGACUGUAGACAAUGUGGCAUACAUCAUGCCUGGACUGUAGACAAUAUGGCAUACAUCAUGCCUGGACUGUAGACAAUGUGGCGUACAUCAUGCCUGGACUGUAGACAAUGUGGCGUACAUCAUGCCUGGACUGUAGACAAUGUGGCAUACAUCAUGCCUGGACUGUAGACAAUGUGGCAUACAUCAUGCCUGGACAGUAGACUCACUGGCUGGAGACUUAAAACAUUGGUUGUGUGUAGCCUAUGUGUAAAACUGUGUCAAAAUAUUGGCUUUGUGUAGCCUAUAUUAACCCAUUGUGUCAAACAUAUUGGUAAUGUAAAGCCAUUGUGUACCCACUGUGUCAAUCGUGAUACAUUGACUAUCUACGGAACCUACGGAAUAAAUCGUCUUCUGAUCCAGAGUGCCACUGUGUCAACUUAUUGGUUGUGUAUAGCCUAUGUGGACAGCGACCCGUCAUUGUUCACUAAUAUAUGUGUGAUUAUUGUGUAUGAAUGUCAAACAGUAGGAGUCAUAAAAUCAUGUUGUUUGUUAAAGAUUUUCUUUUAUUUGUAAAUUGUGUGUAAAUCAUGUAAGUUUUGGUAGUAUGGUGCAAAUGCAAUAAACUUAAAUAAACUUA